GGUUCUUCCCUCCACCAUCCUUCCCGCCCAUCCCCGAUUCCUCGACUGCCGACCCCAAGCAUCGUUGCGCCAUUUCCCUUUGCAACUUGACUUGAUCUUGACAUCUUGACAUCUUGACAUCUUGACAUCUUGACAUCUUGACAUCUUUUGGUCGCCGUCUUUUCUUGCAACACCCCCCUUCACACAAUGGCCGGGAGACCUAGCAACAGGUCGAGCCAGCAAGCGCCGGCGAUACCGCCGGCCUCGGCUCGCCAAAACGAGUACUUUGUGCCUCGCGAUGGCAUCGACCGGGAGGUGAUCACAUCAGACAUUUGCCGAUACCUGGGGAACGAUGCACUUGUGCGCCCUGGCACGUACGAGUCCGCCGACGGUCGCGUCACGCAGGGCUACUACAUCACAGCAUACCGAAACCUGACAUCACCAAUGAUCCAAGAUCUCAAGGCCGACUCGGCUCGGUGGGAGCAGGAAAGGCGCGCCGCGUCGAGGUCUUCAGGCGGUGGCGCUGGAGGUACAAUGCAUUCGAGCCAACCGAACGGCAUUUUUGUGAGAAGCUGCUCUAACUCUCCACUAGGCUCCCGGGAGCAGGCUCGUGGGCAGGACUACAACGCAUGGAAGAACCUGCAGCGGGAACGAGAACUCGAGGCACAGCAGUAUGCACCUACCAUGGAAGUUGACUACCCCCCUCCAGGACCCGCCGGAACUCCGGUUUAUGCAAACCAUCAGUACGCUGGGGCCCCUCCUGCCAACUACCCGCCGGCGACAUACCCUCCCCAGGGUCACGCUGCUGCCGCGCCGUAUCAAGUCCAACCUGGCUACGGGUAUCCGCCAAACCCGCCUCCGACCCAGUACUCCCCGCAACCCCAAACCUCUGGCGACAGGUACCCCGGGAUUCCUCCGCCUCCCAUUGCCGGGUCGUAUCAGGAUGCCGGCGUCUUCGUGCAUGGGUCGAACUACCAAGCCACCGGGGGUUAUACCCAGGCCGGGGCUAACAGGGUCCCGCCAGCCAUGAUCAAUGCAUCUGCCCCUCCCUCAAGGACCUUUAGUGCUCCCUCAGGUACGCCUGGCUAUGAGACCGACCCCAGCGCGUACCCUUACCCACCACCUGCUGGGAAUCCCGCCACCCAGAGCUACCCCACCGAUGCUCUCUAUGGCCGCGGUGCGUAUGCUACAGCAACAACCAACCCUCCCGAGGCCGCUUCGUCUGAUGUUUUAGGCUCCCCUGCAGGUACAGCACAACGGCCAGGCUACCCGGCCCCCACGGAUCCCCAGUAUGACCCUCACCAAAACCCUGCGCUGCAGCCUGCGACUACGCCCACCACCGCCGCCCCGGCCCAGAUGGCAAGCGGUAGCGCGCCGCCACCCGCCCGCCGUGACCGUGACUCGGAGCCCAGAGACAGGGAACGCGGGGACCACAGGGACCACAGGCCUCGCCGUUCAGAACAGGAACGCGGAGAUCGGGACCGCCAUCGCCAUCGCUGAUUUGCCCGACGAACCGCAGGACCGGACUUCUGAAGCCUUUUCCACCCCGGACUUUGCACGCGGGCUGCGUGGACCUUAUGAACGCUUUGAUGUUUCUUCUUGUUAAUACGUUGACCCUGGAUGUGGUCAUUCGCAGCCCUUUUCCCUUGAGCUUUUUUUCUUUUCUCCUCGCUCCUCGGACUCGGCUACCUGCGACGUUAAUGCCAUCAUCCCCUGGACAAAAACUUGGAUAAGAUAUCACAGGUAUUCCGAGCUGCAAGUUGCAUCUCCGGAUCUUGUGA